AUGGCCAACGACACGCUCUUCGACACGGCCCUGCCGCCGCUCCCCUCGUACAGCCUCGAGCCCACGGGCGACGUCUUCUCGUGGAUAUCCGACUUCUGGCUGUCCCUCCUCCUCCCCGUCGCCGUCUACUGGGCCAUGUCGCUCUUCUUCCACGCCAUCGACGUCCUCGACCUCUUCCCCCAGUACCGCCUCCACACCCCCGACGAGAUCCUCAAGCGCAACCACGCGACCCGCUACGAGGUCGCCCGCGACGUCCUCAUACAGCAGGUCAUACAGGUCGUCACCGGCGCCGCCCUCGCCAUCACCGAGCCCCCCGAGAUGAAAGGCAAGUCCGACUAUGACGUCGCCGUCUGGGCCACCCGCCUCCGCCUCGCCCAGCGCGCCGUACCCGGCCUGCUCUCCGCCCUCGGCCUCAACGCCACCGCCCUGUCCAAGAGCCUCUCCGUCUCCCACCCGCUGCUGGCCGGCGCCCUGGCCGGCGGCUACUACCCCGUCUCGGCCACCGCCCAGUCUGCUGCGCCGGGCUUUGCGCCCUGGGAGCUGGCCGUAGCCAAGCUCAUCUACCACGUGCUCGUCCCGGGGUUGCAGUUCUUCGUCGCCGUCUUCAUCCUGGAUACGUGGCAGUACUUCCUCCACCGGUUGAUGCACAUGAACCGCUGGCUGUACACCACCUUCCACUCGCGACACCACCGGCUCUACGUGCCCUACGCCUACGGAGCGCUCUACAACCACCCUCUCGAGGGCUUCCUCCUCGACACCCUCGGCGCCGGCAUCGGGUUCAAGGUCACCGGGAUGACGGUGCGCCAGGGCACCUGCUUCUUCGCUUUCUCCACCAUCAAGACGGUCGACGACCACUGCGGCUACAGCUUCCCCUGGGACCCGCUCCAGCUCAUCACGAGCAACAACGCCGCCUACCACGACAUCCACCACCAGACGUGGGGUAUCAAGACAAACUUCUCCCAGCCCUUCUUCACCUUCUGGGACGGCCUGCUCAACACAAAGUACAAGGGCUCCCGGAGCAACCGUGUCGAGGAUAAGAAGCGCGAGGCAAAGUCGAAAUGA